CCACACCCUGCGGCCCCCUGCUCAGGAGGGCAGCGGGUCGGGUGGGUGGUGGAAAGUCGCAAAACCAGCCUGAGCCGACGUCGGCGCUCUAAACCCUCAGACCCCGCGGGCCGGCGCCCGAACAGCUGCUAAGUGACGCCAGCGCGCAUAAGCGCAUGCGCGGUCAGGCGGCGUGCGUGGGAGCGGGCGCGCGCCGCGGCGGCAUCGGCGGCGGCGACGGCAGCGGCCGAGGGGGCGGUGGCUACGAGGGGGGUGCGGAGCCGGCGGAAGAGACGUCUGUGCCAGCACCGAGGUCGCAGAGGAACCUCGUUGGGAUCAGCGACUAUCAUCUAUUCUACAAGAUGAGUAACAGCCACCCUCUUCGCCCCUUUACUGCUGUGGGGGAAAUUGAUCAUGUGCACAUUUUGUCUGAACAUAUUGGUGCCUUGUUGAUUGGGGAGGAAUAUGGUGAUGUCACCUUUGUUGUGGAAAAGAAACGUUUUCCUGCACACAGGGUAAUUUUAGCAGCGAGGUGCCAGUAUUUUCGAGCAUUACUGUACGGUGGAAUGCGAGAAUCUCAGCCUGAAGCAGAAAUCCCUCUCCAGGACACCACUGCGGAAGCAUUCACGAUGCUCCUUAAAUACAUCUACACUGGGCGGGCAACGCUGACAGAUGAGAAGGAGGAGGUGCUGCUGGACUUCUUGAGCCUCGCUCAUAAAUAUGGAUUUCCAGAGCUGGAGGAUUCUACCUCUGAGUAUCUCUGCACCAUACUUAACAUUCAGAAUGUCUGUAUGACUUUUGAUGUUGCCAGUCUUUACUCGCUUCCCAAGUUAACUUGCAUGUGCUGUAUGUUUAUGGACAGAAAUGCUCAGGAGGUGCUCUCAAGCGAAGGCUUCCUCUCCCUUUCUAAGACAGCACUUCUAAACAUCGUAUUAAGAGAUUCAUUUGCAGCUCCUGAAAAAGAUAUUUUCCUAGCCUUGUUAAACUGGUGUAAGCACAAUUCAAAGGAGAAUCAUGCUGAAAUCAUGCAGGCUGUGCGUUUACCUCUGAUGAGCCUCACUGAACUUUUGAAUGUUGUGAGACCUUCAGGACUAUUGUCUCCUGAUGCCAUUCUGGAUGCUAUUAAAGUUCGAUCAGAGAGCCGGGAUAUGGACCUCAACUACAGAGGCAUGCUCAUUCCAGAAGAAAACAUUGCAACCAUGAAGUAUGGAGCCCAGGUUGUAAAAGGGGAGCUGAAGUCUGCCUUACUAGAUGGUGAUACUCAAAAUUAUGAUUUGGAUCAUGGAUUUUCUAGGCACCCAAUUGAUGAUGACUGCCGUUCUGGCAUUGAGAUUAAGCUAGGUCAGCCAUCCAUUAUCAAUCACAUACGGAUACUCCUGUGGGACCGGGAUAGCCGGUCUUAUUCAUACUUCAUUGAAGUGUCAAUGGAUGAACUUGACUGGAUCAGAGUGAUUGAUCAUUCACAAUAUCUGUGUCGUUCUUGGCAAAAGUUAUAUUUUCCAGCCCGUGUCUGCAGGUAUAUUCGAAUAGUUGGGACUCACAAUACAGUGAACAAGAUUUUUCACAUUGUGGCUUUUGAAUGUAUGUUCACAAACAAAACCUUUACUCUUGAGAAGGGGCUGAUAGUUCCCAUGGAGAAUGUUGCAACAAUUGCUGAUUGUGCCAGUGUGAUUGAAGGAGUCAGUCGGAGCCGAAAUGCCUUGCUGAAUGGGGACACCAAGAAUUAUGACUGGGAUUCUGGCUAUACCUGUCAUCAGCUGGGAAGUGGUGCGAUUGUGGUUCAACUGGCGCAGCCAUACAUGAUUGGGUCAAUACGGUUGUUACUUUGGGACUGUGAUGACCGAAGCUAUAGCUACUACGUUGAGGUGUCCACCAGCCAGCAGCACUGGACCAUGGUAGCCGACAGAACUAAAGUCUCCUGCAAGUCCUGGCAGUCAGUGACUUUUGAAAGGCAGCCUGCCUCCUUCAUCCGAAUCGUUGGAACGCACAACACAGCAAAUGAGGUGUUCCACUGUGUCCACUUUGAGUGUCCGGAGCAGCAGAACAGCCAGAAGGAGGAAAUCAGCGAGGAAUCGGGGACAGCAGACACCAGCCUGGCUGGUCAGCAGCUUGACCCCCAUGCCCUGCAGGCCCCCAGUGGCAGCUCCCUGCCCUCCAGCCCCAGCUCCCAUUCUCGCUCACCCACCCGGCAGCACCAAUAAAGGAGGUGCAGACGUGGAGGGACCUAGGUGGUUCCAGGUGGCAGGAGCUGGUGCCCUCCCCAAGAAGGGGUCUACAUUGACUGCCCCCCUUCCGGGGAGAAGCAGACCUGGCUGCAGACUAGACACAGAACAGGUUUUCUCCCAAGGACAGAAAGGGGCUGCUUUGUUCUCCUCAAUUUGUUCAAAUCAGGCCAGUCUCCAGGGGGAGAAAAUUGGUCUUCAAUCUUCAUCAAGUCCACCAUUAAUACCCUACCUCUCUAAUCUAACCCAGGCAAAAGGAACAGAAGGAAGUAAUAGACAGGCCCGCGUCACAAUACAAAAAUGGCGUGUGAACCCUUGAGUGGAAGAGAAUAUAUUAGGCCUUUAUUACCUGGAGGCACCCUGUGGGAGAUGGGUUUCUGUAGAGUGUUUACUUUUAUGGAACACAUUGCCCUGGCAACUGGAUGCUUUUUCAUUUCUUUUAGUUAUUCCCCAUUUGCUGAAUCAUAGGUGUUCCAGAUCUGUUUGAAAUGCCAAAUAGCAAACCACUUGUUUUAAUCCCUUUUGACGCUGUAAUUUUCCUUCCUUAGUUUUGAGCAGUUAAGCAGGGGGCAGGGCCAAGAAAUAUCAUGCACAUCUCCUAAAUGAGGCACAGAUGUGGCUCAUCACAGCACCUGGUCUGACAAGAAAGAUUCUUUGAGGAAGUUCAAAAAAAUACACAAUGAGCAAAUCAAUCUGUGGACAGUGGAAUUAAUAAUCACUCGAAUUGCUGAGUUAUUAACCUGUCAUUCCUGAAAUGUAUCCAGCCUUUAAGCUUGGGAGGCUGACAAGGAAAUAGUUAUGCCACCUGCUAAUUUAACAUUCAGAAGUGCUUAUAUAUUAAUCUAUAGCAACUUCCAGUUGGUCCGAACCCAUCCACAAAUGGACACUUUAGCAGAGUGGUAGGGACGGCAGCUACCCUGCCCGUCUGUGUCUGGAAUACAAAGCCGGGUCGCUGUGGCUGUUCGUGGUCGCAGUGCUUCCCCCAGACCACAGGACUCGACCCGGGAUCGGAAAGCACAGUUCUGAGAAGCUUGUCUCCUAAAUCCUCAGAAUGAUCGCCUCUGACGACUGCAGCUCCAUCUGGUGCUGAGGUGUCUGACUUAGGGGUCUGCAUUCUGCGCUGCCUACCCUGUGGCUUGAUCAGGGCCCGGAGCUCGCCUGUGGGCAGAGUGGCAGAGGCCUGCGGUUCCCUGUGGGUCUUCCGCACACUGAGCUCCCGCUCAGAGGGGGCCUGCAAGGGGCUCCUUUCUGGUGUUUUGGAGGCACAGUGGUUGUGGGUGUGUACAGGUACCUGAGUGUUUUCUCCUCGUGUGACUUAGUUUUGAGCACUUCAUCAACAUUGGAAGAUAUGGGCACCAGCACACUGCAUGACUCAGUCGGAAGGCUGUCUCUCUUUUAACCCAGGCUGGGAGAGAGGGAGUCCUGGAGAAAGCUGCUGGGAAGGCAGUGCCCCCUCGUGCCAAUGGCUCCCAGUCCCCGGUGGUGCCCUCAGCACCCUGCGCUCUGUCCAGCCCGCACUGUGCUGGCUGAGCCGGAUUUCCUAAUGGCUCCUGUACAGAGGGUGCAGCUGCCUGCCAGCAGUGGGGCACUGCCCUCUGUGGCUCAGCCUGUCUCUGUCAGCAUCUAGCCCCCAGUCGCCAAUUAGCACCAAGAAUUCUGUCCACUUGGCACUUCCUCCACGGUGGGUUUUCUGCCCAGCAGGCAACAAAAGCAGCCGGAUAAGUCAGGAGAGGGCGGGACUCACAUGUUAUGGGGGUGUCACCUAAUCAGGGCCUUCUCUUUACACUGUGGAGUCACCUGUCCAGUAAGGACACGAAUACUACCUGGAGUCGUGGGGCUGGGCUGGUGAAGGUGUGAACCUCCCUGUUCUGCUGGCCCAGGUGCAGGUAACUAACUGCUGGGCUGGCAGUGCAGCUUCCAACCUGACAAGGCACAAGUUAGAAAGCCCCAGCACCAGAUCCCCAUCUGUGUCCCCCUGGCCCACGGCUCGCCCCCGCCCUCCUCUCUCCUGGGACUUCCCCUCAGUGUUUGCACCUUCCAGCUAACACACUGUGAGGCCUGUCUGGUGAGAAUGGAGUUUUCCCCCUCCCGCUCUUGAGCACCUCAGAUAAGGAGGGAAGUACAGACGUGUGGCAGAGGGACUGCAGCAGGCACCGGAGCCUCAUCCCUUAUCUGCACUGAGGCCACCAGCCCACCUUCCCCAGCGUCUCGACCCUUUCUGGAGGCCUCACCUGCAUGGAAGCCUGAGCUGGUCGACAUUCAGAAAGCUUAGCAAAACCUGUUCUCGCCUCGUUACCAGGCCAAGGCCUCUGCCUUCUUUGAUGGGCCUUCUGAUCGGGGUCUGUAUGCCCAGCUGAGCCUCCUUCUGGAGGGGGCCUGGAGACCUGGUCGAGGUAUGUCACACAACACCCACCUAGGGCAAGGCCCAGAUCCCUGGGGAAUGAGAGGUGAGUGGGUAGCCAAGAAAAGCGCCCACAUGAUAAGCAUUGUCCAAAGCCCAGGCUGGUCCUACAGAGAACUUCUCCCCUGUAGCCAGCUGGACCAAAAUGGCCCAAACCUUGAAGACAGCGGUGCUAAAUGGGAAUGCAGAUGGUAAGGCAGGCUGGCGCGCAGCUGUAAGGGUUCCCAGGGCCUGUGGCGUCCUCAGCCCAGCCUCGGGUGGAGGCUGAUUCUCCUGGGAGCUGUGGGGUGUGAGACUGAGCAAUCACAAGGGGGACAGGCAGCUGAGGAUGCAGCCUGGGUGCUGUGGGUUUGAGGAGUGGUCAGGUGAGGCCUGACCCUCAGCAGAGGUGGACAGAGGGUGCUGCGGCCUCUGGCCCCUUACUGUAACGCUUUUGGUGUGCGCCAUGUGCCAGGUGGGGCUGGCAGCCCUGAGCCAGGCAGUCUUAAAAGCAGGGGUUGGACGUGAAACAGGUGUAAUCAAAUAACACACAUUCAUACACACACACUUGUUCUCCUAUAGUCUCAGUGCUUUUUCUGUUUUUGUUUGAUUUUGUUUUCUGAUUUAGUUAGAACCAUGAGCCCAUGAUGGAUGUGGGACUCUUCUCAAUUGCUCUUUAAAUUGUCACUUCUUAAAUCUUAUUAAAUGAAGUGUCGAUUCCUGACAAAUACAUUAAAAGUGUUUUAUUCCUA